CGCGACGUACAUGUACGACGGCAUUGGCUACGGCUGGGGCUGCACCAUCCUCGCCGCCGUCGCCAUCAUCAUCGGCUGGCCCUCGACUCCCUUGUUGUGGUUCUACGGCGAGCGCCUCCGCUCUCGAAGCCGGUACGUUGCCAAGGCGGCGGCCAAGUAGAUUUAGACGAGCGACGCAAGAGCUGCAUCGAGUCGAUAUCUCCUUCU